CCAUCUCCAGCACAAUCAUUUAAGCUCGUCAGUAACAGUGUGAACUACUACAGCUUUCGAUACUUUGUCUUUUUUUCUCCACUAACAUCUUUGAACUGCAAGAAAUUUAACCUCUACAUGGCUUCAUCUAAGCAAAAGUCAAGCGUCACCGUAGAUUACGUUUCGAAGAACUGCCCAGCAUUUGUUGGCGGUGGUUGCCCAUAUGCCAAGCUUGCCCAAGAAAAGAAAGGUAUCUGUGCCAAAUGUCCCCCUUUCGAUAAUGGCUGCCCUUUCAAAGAAUCCAAGACUGUGGGUGAGCUUCAAGAGAAGAUGGUCCAGAUGCGGGACCAGUCCAAAGGUGAAGCUCAAUGGAUCCAGUUCUUGAAGGAGGUCGACUUUCUUAGCAAGGAAAAACACUUGGAGUACGGAACUGUCUCCCCUCAAAGCUUCUUCAAGGGUGGCUGCCCCUUUGCCAAAGAUACCAGUGGAAAGGAGGAAAUUUUGAAACCUAUAUACACUGUGUAUCCAUAUUCUUUGACGGUUGAGGAGAUCGUCAGGAAGUGCCCAGUUUUUGGCAAAGGUGUGUGCCCAUAUAAAGCUCUUGCUGAUGAAAUGAAAGGAAUCACCGAAAACUGCCCCGGCUUUAAGAAUGGAUGCCCAUUCAAGAACCUGACAACCAUGGGUGAGUACGUGGGAAAACUGGCCCAAAUGCGAGAUAUGACAGCCACUCCCAAGGGUCGAGCUGCAUUCGAGAAGUUGAUGAUGAGGGUUCAUGAGAUCUCCAAGGAGGCUGAGAAGAAAGCUGGACCCUGGCCAUUCCCUCCAAAUACCUGUCCAAUCUUUGCCCAUGAUGCACAUGGAAAGCGUAUCAUGCCAAAAUACAACUAGGCCCCCCGCUGAAUGAAAGAAAA